CAAAUGGUACCCUGAAAGCAAUAUGGAGACCUUUAAACGAUUCAAUAUACUAAUUUUAUUAGCGUUAACAGUAUCUGGAAGCGCAGUGAAAAUCGAGCAAAGUGACAACUCUAAGCACGAAAUAAUUUACAAUCCUUCAAGCAGUUUGGUUGUAGAAACAAAGCGAAAUGGGGAACAAACUUUAACUAAUCCCUUAAUAAAGAAAAUUAAACAUUUGAGUUCUCCUGCAAGAGUUCUAAAUGUGACAUCGGAGGCACUUAAUUCAACAGAAGAUCCCCAACCAACCGAAGACUCAUCGACUGAGAUUCCAGAUGUCACAUCUUCUGGCCCAUCGGAAUCUACAGAAGAUCCCCAACCAACCGAAGACUCAACGACUGAGGUACCAGAUAGCACAUCUUCUGAGCCAGAGGAAACUGAUGUGACUUCGGAGGCGCCUGACUCCACAGAAGAUCCCCAACCAACCGAAGACUCAACGACUGAGGUACCAGAUAGCACAUCUUCUGAGCCAGAGGAAACUGAUGUGACUUCGGAGGCGCCUGACUCCACAGAAGAUCCCCAACCAACCGAAGACUCAUCGACUGAGAUUCCAGAUGUCACAUCUUCUGGCCCAUCGGAAUCUACAGAAGAUCCCCAACCAACCGAAGACUCAACGACUGAGGUACCAGAUAGCACAUCUUCUGGCCCUUCGGAAUCUACAGAAGAUCCCCAACCAACCGAAGACUCAACGACUGAGAUACCAGAUAGCACAUCUUCUGAGCCAGAGGAAACUGAUGUGACUUCGGAGGCGCCUGGCUCCACAGAAGAUCCCCAACCAACCGAAGACUCAACGACUGAGGUACCAGAUAGCACAUCUUCUGAGCCAGAGGAAACUGAUGUGACUUCGAAGGCGCCUGGCUCCACAGAAGAUCCCCAACCAACCGAAGACUCAACUACUGAGGUACCAGAUAGCACAUCUUCUGAGCCAGAAGAAACUGAUGUGACUUCGGAGGCGCCUGACUCCACAGAAGAUCCCCAACCAACCGAAGACUCAACGACUGAGGUACCAGAUAGCACAUCUUCUGAGCCAGAAGAAACUGAUGUGACUUCGGAGGCGCCCGGCUCCACAGAAGAUCCCCAACCAACCGAAGACUCAACGACUGAGAUACCAGAUAGCACAUCUUCUGAGCCAGAGGAAACUGAUGUGACUUCGAAGGCGCCUGGCUCCACAGAAGAUCCCCAACCAACCGAAGACUCAACGACUGAGGUACCAGAUAGCACAUCUUCUGAGCCAGAAGAAACUGAUGUGACUUCGGACGCGCCUGACUCCACAGAAGAUCCCCAACCAACCGAAGACUCAACGACUGAGGUACCAGAUAGCACAUCUUCUGAGCCAGAGGAAACUGAUGUGACUUCGGAGGCGCCCGGCUCCACAGAAGAUCCCCAACCAACCCAAGACUCAACGACUGAGGUACCAGAUAGCACAUCUUCUGAGCCAGAAGAAACUGAUGUGACUUCGGAGGCGCCUGACUCCACAGAAGAUCCCCAACCAACCGAAAACUCAACGACUGAGAUUCCAGAUGUCACAUCUUCUGGCCCAUCAGAAUCUACAGAAGAUCCCCAACCAACCGAAGACUCAACGACUGAGAUUCCAGAUAGCACAUCUUCUGAGCCCCCUAAAACAAGUACUUCUGCGCCACUUUCUUGCAGUAGCGGCGCUGACUUUUUACCAAAUCCAACCGAUUGCCAUAGGUAUAUUCGAUGCAGCCACGGCAUUGAGUAUGAUAUGGAGUGCCCUCCUAAUUUGUGGUGGGACUAUAAGGAAUUCGUUUGUUCCUAUAAUGAAAGUGCAUGCUACAACAACGUAGAUGUGAUUGACCCAAAUGAAGUAUCUUGUCAGAACGGAGCUGAUUUCAUACAACACCCAACAGAUUGCACAAUGUAUAUACAAUGCAAUCAUGGAAAGCCCCUAAUUAGAUACUGCCCAGUACCUCUGUAUUGGAACCCGGUUCACAAAUUAUGUGGUUGGUCAAAUGAAUACUGCGAAAAUUCCAACAUGAACCACAUAGAGUGUAGGGAAGGACAAUUAUACGAAAUUUAUGAGCCUAAUUGCUCAAAAUAUAUUAAAUGCUUUGGUAAUCAGGGUAUUGUAAUGAGCUGUGAUGCAGGUCGCUAUUGGAAUCCUGUGACUCAGUCCUGCGUGAAAUCUAACAAGUACUGUAAGUUUUCAAGAACGAUUUUAUAAAAACUAAGAGAAGACAAAAAAAAAAGGGAUUUAAAUGUACUUGAAUGAAAUGUUAUGUUUAUAGAUCACAAGAAAUAAUGAAAGUACAAUAAAUUUUUUCUGUUUUGUUAAA